AUGAACAUAGGAAGUGCUAUAGAUUUGGUGGAUUUACCAUUAAUCAUACCUCACACAAGCGUUAACAUUAACGCUACUCUAACUGAUUCCAAUGCUGGUAAUAAAUAUUUCAUCCAAGAAUCAAUAUCAGCUUCUGAUGCUUCCAUCAAAGGCGGCAUUGUGAUCUCAGGUGAAAAGGAUUCCUACAACAUCUAUUAUAAUACGGAUUCUGAUUUCAACAAGGAACGAUUGGUUAUUCAUGGCACAAAUUGUUUACCAUUUACUUACAAUAACAAGUGGGAUCAAACUUUACCUGGACUCAAGGAACCUGUAACUAAUCUGAUACUCUUAAUGGGACCUUCAAUUUUAUAUCGACUUGAUCAUUCCUCACUUGUUUGGAAAACAGUUGAAGAUAGAAACAUAAGAGGAACCGUGAUGAAAGGGGCGACAACUGAAAUAAAUGGAAGAUUGAAUAUCACUUAUUACUACAAAAAAGAUUUUGAUGACGAUUCCGGGAUUAAACAUCCAAGUCGAAUUGAAUUCAGUGGUUAUGAUCCAUCUUCAAGUUAG